UGAUCAAAGCUAUUUCCUGAGGAAGCCGGACACCUUUGUCUGCAAUUUCCUGUUGAUGAAAACUGUGCUCCAAAAAAGCAGACUUUAAUCUUAUUUUGUUUUAAAAUACAUUGGACAUCAACGGCCAUGAAACGGGCAGGGUCACCUGUUCAAGAUGUGGAGAAAGUUGCUAAAAUUGAAGAAGAGGCGACAGCUGAAGAGGAGGUGACAGUAAGUGCUGGCGAAGAUCUCCAGAUUUCAACAAUAGUAGAAGGUGGUGAAGAGGAAGUGGGGGAGCAAGUUGUACAGUUGUACGAGAUCCAGCAGGCUGAAGUUGACGGUGGAGAGGAGACAGAGCUGUCCACCAUAGAACAACAGGUGGAAGAUAUGGAGAAUGUCACUGUCACUUCAGAUGAACAGACAAGUGUGGACACAGAUGGCAAUGUCAUCCAGUUACAACCAGUACAACAAGUCCAGAACAUCAUAGUUCAACACAUGGAUAUCUCUGACCCUCUUAAUGUACUGAGGCACCUGUUGGAGGCCAAAUUACAGUGCACGCUGGCAGAACACGAGUUUUACCUACAGGACAGUUUACUGUUAAAUCCUGAGAAGAACCUGGUGGAGCAGUGUGUACAGGGAGAAGGCAUGGUCCAGAUUAAUGUGGAAGUGAAAUCUCAGCCAGGCAUCAAACCAAGGAUUAAUAUUGUUGAUAUACUGAAACCAGCAGAGGAGGUAGUUGUACAACAGCCCACCACAGUGCCCGCGCAAGCUGCAAAUGUCACCAAGGUGGUGAUUCCUUUCCCAGAGGAGUCUGAACAUGUCACCAGGUGGAUUGUGGACCAGAAUUUCAGGAGGGAACAAGAGAGGCUGAAAAUACCAUUUGAUCCCUCUCACUGGAAUCAAGCCCACGUUAAACACUGGAUUCAGUGGGCAAUCAAGGAGUUUGGUCUGGACAACGUGGACAUAGAGAACUUCAAUGUGACAGGACAAGAACUGUGUGACAUGUCCCAUCCAGACUUCUCCAAGCUGAUCCCCAAUGACAAGGGGGACCUGUUCUGGACACAUCUGGAGCUGCUCAGGAAGUGUAAAUUUGUGGCUGUAGUUCAGCAGCCAACUCCUCAUGCUAUCACCACAGUAACAGUGUCAACAUCAGGGGACCUGGCAGGGGGCGGGGUAGCCAGGAAAGUCCACAAGCAAUCUCGGGCUCCCAGGAUAGGGGAGGGCUGGUCCCCAGGGAACAGGACAGGCAACAAUGGCCAGAUACAGCUGUGGCAAUUUUUACUGGAGCUUCUAACAGACAAAGAUUGCAGAGAAGUGAUCCAAUGGGUUGGAGAUAAUGGAGAGUUCAAGCUGAACAACCCAGAGAUGGUGGCCCAGAUGUGGGGUCAGAGGAAAAAUAAGCCCACCAUGAAUUAUGAGAAACUUAGCCGUGCUCUACGAUAUUACUAUGAUGGAGAUAUGAUCGCCAAGGUCCAUGGAAAGAGGUUUGUGUAUAAAUUUGUCUGUGAUCUGAAGAUGCUGCUGGGUUAUUCGGCGGCCGAGCUGAACAAAUUAGUGUCCGAGUGUGCUGAGAAGAAAUUACAGAAAGUCAGAGAACAGCUACGACCAGGAAUUAUCAGAAAAGUGAACAUUGCAGGUGGUGAUGCCAAGUCACCUUCUUGAAAAAAAAAAACAGUACUGCUUAACACUGCACGUGAAAAGUUGCUAUGGUAAGGCAGUGUAUUCUUACUAAGACAGACUACAGCAUUCAUUAUCCAACUGCUAUGUAGUUGUUAUCUAUGUAAAAAUACUUUGCCAGCACUUCAAGAAUUCUCUUACUCAUACUUGGUUCACUUGGAAAGUGUAGUAAGUUAUGUGUGUUUUGAUAGCACACAUAUUCAGUACGUGGACACUGCCAGGUUGUUAGGGAUGUGAUUUUUUGUUAAAAAUUACCUGAUUUCAAAAAAAUUUAUAUGCCAACCAAAAAGUCUUGCAGGUAUUGUGGACAUUUGCUGAUGUCAGGGGCUUUUUUUAACCAUGUCAUGUCUCACACAGUGCAGUUUGCCUUCAUUUAUCUUAUUGCUUUCUAUACUAUCAAUUUGAGACAUUGAAGUAAAGUUACAGGUUUGGAAGGCAGGUCAUUAGUGAAGAUCAAGUGAUGAUGAUAUAGAAUUUCCAACGCUGCUGUUAGAUUUCAGCAAAGUAUUAGACAGAAAAAAGUUAUGGAUACAGUUCAAUCAGGGGUCAAUUUUACAUAACUUCUGACUGACAAUUUUGGGUGUACUUCAUUUAGUAGCAAAGUAGAAGUCUAAGAGAGUUUUGGUCUUGAAUAUUAGCGGUUUAUUUUGGCUCAAAGUAGACCAAAUUCUGAUCUUAAUUUUUGGACCAAAUUUUUAGGUCUUAAGUUCUCUUGUGAAAUCAGCUUUCAGGGCUGCAAUGAGGAAACUAAAGGAAGUGCUGUUUGAAGAGUUUUAGAGAAAUAUAAAUAUUUUUCAAUUUUUAGAACUUGGUUUAGUUUCACAUAGUUUGAUGGAUUUUCCCCAAGAUGAAUGUUAUAAAAGUUGGAUCAUGGUGUAAUGCAUUUAAUCACCAUGGUAUAUCUUGUAUAUACAAAACAGCUAAAAAUUUUAGGUGACUUGACGUCAACUUUUGUAAAUAGUUCACUGUGACAGUGUUGUAAGUGAAUGUUAUUUUUAUAGAUAUGUGCAUAUGAUAGAUAUCAAAUGUGGCUCGUCAGUUAUGUUAUUGUGAACAUUUGUAUGUAAACUUUUGUAAUGUGUACAUAGAUAUCAGUUGUACUUCUUUUGUAACCAUCUACUCUUCAUUCUUUAUUUAGAUUUAUUUUUCUCAUCACUGGACCCCAGUAUUGUGUUGUUUUACAUCAGUGAGAAAGAAGUGAAGAAAAAAUUAAGGUUAUUCAGAUUUCUAAUCCAGUUUAGUGAUAAAUUGGGAAUUAUGUUUAAAAAAUAUGCUUCUUUGAUUUUACACAAGCAGGAGUCAUCCAAUUUAUAAUGUUUGGUUUCAAAACUGCGGCCAAUUGUUGAGAUGUAUUUCAGUAUGGUCAUUCUUAAAACAAGUGCGUCAGGUUAACAAAUAUAUCUGAGAAGAAACUUUAUUUGGUAAAUAAGAAAUAGUUUGCCUGAGGUUAAAUUUUUACUGUGUGUUUCAUCUAUUAUCAUCACUGAAAGCUAUCUCAUUUAAAUUGAGCCCUUCAUUUCAGUUGGCGUUUUAUUUUAUACGGAGUGAUAAAAUAAUGUGUAUCACAUACAGAACUCCUUAUAUCUGUUUUCUUCUACAAAAGAUGCCAUUUUCUUACUGUUACCUGCCGUCAUUAGAAUGUUGCAUUUGAAAGUUUCAUCAAAGAAGUUUGGGUACCAGCGAGUAUUUGAUAUUAGUUUUAUCAUACAUAUAUAUUACAUAUAUAUAUAGCCCAUUUUACGGGAGUUUCCUUGGACAGCCAGUACUGGCCACAUGUAUAUACUACAAAGUUUUGAUAUGAAAGAUAACUCGGGAAAGACUGA